CAAUUUGACAAGCAGCCAAUCCGCGCCAUGACAGUGUGACACGUGAUACAGAGCGAGUUCCGACUGUGGCUUGGGGGAAACAGAUCGACAUUCAGCCACGGGAGAAACGCACUUUGCGGCCUGUGGAAGUGCCUCCUGAGUGAUGGCCUCACCCGUGUCUGUCUACAACUCCAACUCCUUGGACACACACAUCUCUAGCGUGUCCAGAGACUCUCUAAAGAUGGAGCCAGUCACUGAUGUGUCGCUGCUGCCUGGGGAGGACGGGGUCAUAGAGAAAGAAGUCAUCUACAUCUGUCCAUUCAACGGCCCGGUCAAAGGCAAAGUGCUCAUCACCAACUACAGACUCUACUUCAGGAGCUCAGACGCGGAUUUAACCGUAACGCUAGAUGUUCCUCUGGGUGCUAUCAGUCGAGUGGAGAAGAUGGGCGGUGCUUCAAGUCGGGGAGAGAACUCGUAUGGCCUAGACAUCACCUGCAAGGACAUGAGGAAUCUCAGGUUUGCGUUGAAGCAGGAGGGUCACAGCAGGAGAGACAUCUUCGAUUUUCUUUUUAGACUUGCCUUUCCUCUCUCACAUGCACUGCCUCUAUUUGCCUAUGUAACACAGGAGAAGUAUGAGGAGAAUGGCUGGAAUGUCUAUAAAGCCAUGGAUGAGUUGAGGCGGCAGGGAUUACCCAAUAACAAGUGGCGCAUUACCUUCAUCAAUAAGAACUAUGAGCUGUGCGACACCUACCCCACCGUGUUGGCUGUUCCAUACAAAAGUAAAGAGGAGGAUCUGAGGAGAGUGGCAGCCUUCAGGUCGAGGUCUCGUAUACCGGUUUUGUCCUGGAUCCAUAGGAAAAACCAGGCGGUAAUCGUGCGCUGCAGUCAGCCUCUGGUCGGGAUGUCCGGCAAGAGGAACAAAGAUGAUGAGAGAUAUCUGGAGAUGAUCAGAGAGGCCAACGAUACACCGAAACUCACAAUAUACGAUGCUCGACCCAGUGUCAAUGCUGUGGCCAACAAGGCCACUGGUGGAGGUUACGAGGGGGACGAGUAUCAAAACGCAGAACUCGUAUUCCUGGAUAUCCAAAACAUUCAUGUCAUGAGGGAAUCUCUGAAGAAGCUCAAAGAUAUCGUCUAUCCCAAUGUAGAGGAGUCUCACUGGCUCUCAAGUCUGGAGUCUACGCACUGGCUUGAACAUAUCAAGCUGGUGUUGUCAGGAGCCAUCCAGGUGGCAGACAAAGUGUCCACAGGGAACUCUGUGCUGGUGCACUGCAGUGACGGCUGGGACCGGACUGCACAGCUCACCUCUUUGGCCAUGCUCAUGCUGGACAGCCACUAUCGCACGCUCCGAGGGUUUGAGGUGCUAAUUGAAAAAGAGUGGAUCAGCUUUGGACACAAAUUUGCCUCGAGGAUAGGUCAUGGGGACAAGAACCAUGCUGACCAGGACCGAUCCCCCAUCUUUGUGCAGUUCAUCGAUUGUGUGUGGCAAAUGACCAAACAGUUUCCCACAGCCUUUGAGUUCAAUGAGCGCCUCCUGUUGACCAUCCUGGAUCACCUGUACAGCUGCAGGUUUGGGACGUUCCUCUAUAACUGUGAGAGCGCUCGGGAUCAACAUGAAGUCCGGAUCAAAACGGUGUCUCUUUGGUCCCUGGUCAACAGUAAAACAGACUUUUAUCUAAACCCCUUCUACACCCCAGAACCCAACAUGGUUCUCUGUCCUGUUGCCAGCAUGCGCCACCUAGAGCUUUGGGUAUCAUACUACAUCCGGUGGAAUCCACGCAUAAGACAACAGCAGAGCCCAGUGGAGCAGCGCUACAGAGAGCUCCUGGCCCUCCGAGAUGAGUACUUGAAGAAACUGGAGGAGCUUCAGCUGUCUGAUUCCAGCCCUGCACCGCGAGUGGCCAACAGCACCACCCCCAACACGCCCUCCUCCAACUCCUCCACGCCUUCACAGCACUGCACCCACCUCCAAACGCACUUCUGAGGGUUCUUAAUGUCCCUUAUGUCGCCUGCACACAGGGAGUACCCGGCUGUGGGGAACUAGGAAUGCUUAUAGUUAGUUUGGUUAACGCCUAACACCCAAGUGGUGCUAGUGGUGAUUAUGCAAUAUGUCACACUAUAGCCUUGUCUCAUGACGUUCCUUUACACUCAUCUACAGUGAAGCCUUAAAGACGUUUGGCGUGUUCCGUAAAAGGGCUUUAACUUGGAACGGAGCACUGUACUGUACACAACAGGAACAAACAGGUUUACUAAUCCGCCCAGCUUUCCUCCCUUUAACUGUCUGUCUACAAUGAGUCAGCCAACAACUCGUCACAGCAGGGCCACCGCUGCUUUCAGGGACGCUCAGUGAAAAUCAGGGCUUUUUCUUGAAUUAGACACACCAGGCAGAGUGGCUGAAUAGUAGGGUAGAACAUGCAACAUAAACGUGCUGCUGCUUUCAUGUGGCCCUCAGACUGUGACAAAAUCAUGUGUGUAGAGUUCAUUCCCUUGAUAAGCAAUGCAUAUUAGUGGGCUACUUUUGACAAAUGAUAUAGUUUAAUUACCAAAUGUCAACACAUUUUCAAGUGCUUUUCUUGACAUAAAAACAUGUCUUGCCAGAUGCUCUGUUGAUCAGGGCAUUUAUAAAAGAAAAAGGGCAGGUACCUAACUUGGAUGAGCCACCUCUAACUGUCACAGGGUACAUUUAGCCAAUCAGAGGAUGUUGUUUUUAAUCGUUGCUGCAGAACUGCCUCUAGUGGUCCAAAGGAAAUACACAUUUAGGAGCGCAUGAGGGACACAUGAAUGUUGCUUCACCAUUGUGUUUUGAUAAACUGAAAUGGAAUUUGUAUUUAGCCUGUGCAAUUAACUGACUAAAAUUACUAGUGCUUUCAGGAGUUCAUGUGGCCAAUGUCCUACGCACCUUGCAACACAACUCCUAAGACCUUUCCAUACUGCUGCUUUACUUUUAAACUAAAUCUAAAGGAAUUUAAGGACUCUAGUGUAACGGCUACUGUCCCAGCGUUGGAGGCUUGUCCCCAACUACAUGUAAAUAGCACUUGAUUUAGAUUUUUUUUUUUUGACAGAAUGGUCUAUUGGUGAUUUGAAGUUGACUGGUUUUACUCUCUGCUGUCACCUCAACUCACCUAAGCAGUAUUUUUCUAACCUUUCUAAGCUAAGCUCCAAAACUGUUCAUAAACUAUGAGCUUGUUGGACAUUUUGGUGCGUUUUAGGUGCUCGAGGUAGUAUAUAGGGAAAUGACGUGGUGUUUGCCUCUGAUCCUGCUUGAUUUGAAGUGUUUUUGUUUUGUUUUUCCACUCGCAAAUGUCAAUAACGUUAAACAUGCCAAGAAUACAAAACAUCUAAAUUGACUGUUAACAUAGGAUAGUAUUUGGCAUGUUUUCAUUCAUAAUAACAAUUGAAAUAUUUUCA